UGUUUUAUGCCCAUUGGCGGCGGCAGCUUCCAGUCAUGAGCUCACGUAGGAUCUCUGUGGAUGGCGGGGUGUGGGGGCGGUGCUUGUGCUCUCCGGAGGGCGCCGAGGUGGGAGCGCGGCGGAAGUAAUGGUCACUAUGAAGGCCUUGUAUGGUCAGCAGAAUUCACCUGGAGAGGAAAUUACAUUUGUCUUCCAGGAAAGAGAAAACCUUCCUCCUACAAGAGACAAUGAUGUGAAAGUGCAAGUUAGAGCCUGUGCACUGAGCUGGAUAGAUACAAAGCUUUUAUCAGAAAUAAAACUGGAGAAGGAGCUUCUGCCUGUUGGUCGAGAAAUUUCUGGAGUUGUAUUGGAAGUUGGAAGAAAGGUGACCUUUUUUCAGCCCGAUGAUGAAGUGGUAGGAAUUUUGCCCCUGGAUUCUGAAGAGUCUGGUCUUUGUGAAGUUAUUCUAGUUCAUGAGCAUUACUUGGUUCGUAAACCAGAAAAAGUUUGUUGGGUUGAAGCAGCCGGGACUGUCCGUGAUGGUGUCCGAGCAUACACAGCUUUACACUACCUUUCCCAAGUCUCUCCUGGAAAAACUGUGCUUGUAAUGGACGGAGCAAGUCCAUUCGGUACAAUAGCUAUUCAGUUAGCACAACACAGAGGAGCUAAAGUAAUCUCUACUGCAUACAGUCUUGAAGAUAAGCAGCACCUGGAAAGGCUCAGACCUCCUGUGGAAGGUGUACGGCAGCCUUUAGUGGCUCGUGUGAUAGAUGUGUCAAAUGGCAAGAUUGAUGUGGCAGAGAGCUGCUUGGAAGAGACGGGUGGCCUGGGAGUGGAUAUUGUUCUAGAUGCUGGAGUGAGAUUAUAUAGCGCUGAAGAUGAAUCAACUUCAAAAUCACAGUUGCUGCCUCAUAAGCAUGAUAUCAUAACUCUUCUUGGUGUUGGGGGACACUGGAUUACAACAGAAAAAAAUCUUCAGCUGGAUCCUCCAGACAGCCAUUCCUUGUUUCUUAAAGGAGCCACUGUCUCCUUUCUGAAUGAUGAGAUAUGGAACUUGUCCAACGUACAGCAAGGGAAGUAUCUCUCCAUCUUAGAAGAUAUAAUGGAGAAACUAUCAAGUAGCAUUUUCAGGCCUCAGCUGGAUGAACCGAUCCCAUUGUAUGAAGCCAAAGUUUCUAUGGAAAUAGUUCAAAAGAAUCAAGCAAGAAAAAGACAAGUCAUCCAGUUCUGACACACACAAUUUCCUGAAUUCUAAGCCUGUGGAAGAUGAAGAAAUGUAAUGUAUUUGAGAAGUAAAUUUGUGUACACUUUCAAAUAGUUCUGUAACUGGAAUUUAGAUCUUUUGUCCUGAGAAUCCUGUGACUUUAGAGUUUGGGGUUGGUUGUUUUUUUUCAUUAACUUGAGUAGAAUGUUCCCAUCAGCAAAUUCUGAAGAGGCUGUCUUGACAUACAGAUCUUGUCUGCCCUGCCCCAAUUACAAAUGUCAGUAAUAUCUGCAGGCAAACUCAGCUGCUGUUGUUUUUCAAACAUAAGAAAUGAAAGGGAAAAAAAAAAAUCUGGUGAGAUUUA